AUGAAGGUGAUUGUGUUGUUUCUGUUUGGUGAAGAUUUCUUUGCAAAAGUCGGGGGGAAAGUCACAUUGAACUGUGGAGUCAGCAGCUACACACGCUCUCUGCAGUGGCAUCAUGGAAAAGACCUUCUUCAUAGUGUUGAUCAGAGAGGCUUCCCUCGCAAAGGCGGUGUUGAUCUUGUACGGAGGUCAGUUGUGAGACAGACGAAUCUGGAAAUCUCCAGUGUGAGAGAAACAGAUGCUGGAGAGUUCACAUGUUUGGCAGAUGGGACACGUCAUGAACAUUCACUUUCUCUGUUCUCAGUUUUGGUCUCCGUCCAUCCCUCUGCUGUUCUUAAGCUGAACGAUGAGGCAACGCUCCAGUGUGAGGUGAAAGAUCAGCCCCAAGGUUGUGAAGUGAAGUGGAAGAGUCCAAAUACAAAGUCACCCACAAAUCCAUCAACAGUUCAACUGAAAUCUGUAACAAGUUCACAUAACGGGGUCUGGGAGUGUAUCGUCACCUGUGACAGCAAUGCGUUUAGUCAGAGUCUGACCAUCACAGUACAAGAGCCUCCAACUACAACAACUCCACCAACCACCCGUACUGCCAACGAUUGCCCACUGGGACUCUCCUGUUGGAUGUGGAUUGCAAUCGGGGUGUGCUGCCAGUUUGUUCUCCUGAUAGUUUGUGUCACUGUCUUGUGGUUUAAUAUGAUGUAGGACCAACUGUGGCAGCUGAAACUCUUACAGGAAGGCUUUCCAAAGGUUUAGGAGUGUUUAUAGGAGUUUUUGGUGCUUCUGUACACCUGGACUCCUGUCUAGAAGCACAACUGUGAGGUCAAACACUGAUGUUGGAAUAGAAGGCCUGGCUCGGAGUCUCUGCUCUAAUUCAUCCCAAAGUUGUUCUGUUGGGUGGAGGUCGGGACUCUGUGCAGGCCAGUCACGUUGUUCCAACAGGAACAGGAAGAGACCAUCCCCAAACUGUUCUGACAAAGUCGGAAGAAUGAAAUUGUCCAAAACGUCUUGGUAUGCUGAAGCAUUAAGAGUUCCUUUUACUGGAACUAACUGACUGAACCCAACUCCUGAACAACAACCCCGCACAAUAAUACCCCCUCCACCAAACUUUACACUUGGCCAAAUACGAUCUGACAAGAAGCGUUCCCCUGGCAACCGUCCAUUGCAUUGUCCAGAUGGAGAAUCUUGAUUCGUCACUCCAAAGAACAUGUCUCCACUGCUCCAGAGUCCAGCUGUACUGUGCUUUAUGCUGAUCUGAAGGUCACAUGAAGUUGGCGGUCUGUAGCGAUUGACUCUGCUCUGUGAUUUUAUGUGUCCUACAUCUUCAUGGCUGGGGUUCUGUUAUUCCACUUUGCUAUAAUGCCACUAACAGCUGA